AUGUUUCUAAUCCUAGAAAGAGUAACGGGGGAUCCGGAUCCCAUUCUGCGGUGUAUUGUGGCAGGAUUCUUUGCCAACGCUGCAAAGCUUCAUUCCACGGGAGUCUACAGGACCGUUCGGGACGGGCAUGAGCUUCAUAUUCACCCAACGUCUGUUUUGUAUGCAGAGAAACCUCCAAACUGGGUCCUGUUCAGCGAAGUAAUCCAGACCAGUAAAUACUACAUGCGUGAUGUGACGGCCGUCGAGUCGCCAUGGCUACUAGAGCUGGCACCACACUUCUACCAGCAGGGAACGCAUCUCUCUCGGUCCUCUAAGCGAGCCAAGCUGGACAAUUUGUGAAGCCCCCUCGUGUUCCUGCACAGCCCCCCCAGGGGCAGAGCUCACCAAGAAACCGCUGACAUUUCUACAUCUGCCCACCACCCUUGAAGCAAAUGUGGAGUCACUUGUCACCGCUCAACGGGAUCCUUCUCAGUCUGGCGCUGCCUCACCUCCUAGGCUCCAUUCCUAGGCGUAUAUAGUUAUAUAUAUGUACAACAGAAAGCCGUUUUAUUUUUUUAAGUUUGUAAAUGAUGAAUGGAGGAGAAAAGUGGUCAACUGAACGAUAAAUGGGAUUUAAAUGAUUUCUGUGGUUCAUUGCCAUCGCUCGCACCAUCGCCUGCUUAGCGGAUGACAUGUGAAGUGUCGUAAGCACUUUGUCAACAGGUUCUGCCUUUCAUUCCACUAAAGAACAGAGUUCCCCAAUCAUUUCUAAAUGUAGUCUGUGUAUCUGACCCCCGUCCGUCCGCUCGCUCGCUCCUGUGCUUGUAAAUAUGUGUACAUCCCUCCAAUGAAGCAAUAAACCAUUCGAUGCCACACAA